AUAUCAUUAAAAGGAAAUCUGUUCCAUUGAAAAUCUCAUAACAGAUUAAGCAGAUCGGAAGAACUAGGUGACGGGUGAUUAUGGCGACGUCGUCGUUUAACAAGAUCGAGAGGGCCCACCAGAUGUAUCGAGAAGGGAGGUAUGAAGAAGCCCUUGCUUACUACACGGAGGCGUUGGCGGUUGCUAGGACCAAGCCUCAAAAGAUCGCUUUGCACAGUAAUAGAGCUGCUUGUUACUUGAAAUUACAUCAUUUCAAAAAGGCAGCAGAAGAAUGUACCUCUGUUCUUGAGCUUGACCACAAACAUACUGGAGCUUUGAUGUUGCGAGCGCAAACACUAGUCACGUUAAAGGAGUACAAUUCAGCUCUCUUUGAUGUCAACCAGCUCAUAGAGUUGAAUCCCUCUUCGGAAGUUUAUUAUAACCUUCAAGCUCGCUUGAGGACGCAAGUGGCUCUUGCUCCAAUACCCGAGUCUGAAGCAGAGUUGGAAGAAGAGGAAGAACAUGGGGAACCCUAUGCAGUGGAGGAAGGAGAGGAACAAGAUGAUGCAAAGGAAGAUAUUGUACGGCCAGCUGUUCGGGAAGAUCAGAAUGCUGAGCCUAAUGAGGAUCUGGUAAAAGAAACAAUGAUUUUCCCCAAUGCUAAAGGAUCUGCUGAGCAGGAAGUAGUUGCUACACCUGAAGGACCAAAUGAAAAAUAUUCCAAAGGACACGACAAGAUACCUAAACCCAAGGGACACUCAGAACAGAAGAGUGUGGCUCAAAGAACUGUAGUUGCUGCUCCUAUAGAACAGGGCAUCAAAGAUUCCAAAGGAUGGCAAGCAAUCCCCAAACCAAAGGGACACUCGGCUUUGGACUAUGCACGGUGGGAUAAAGUUGAAGAUGACUCUAGUGAUGAUGAUGAUGACGACAGUGAAGAGGAGUCUCAGCCUCAAUACCGGUUCCGGGUAAGAACUGUUGGCGUUCAACCGGUGAAGUGAAACGGGAUGAGGUAAAUAGAUUGAUAUGAAUGAAUCUUCCAAUUCCUGAACAUUUUCGUAAAGUGGUUGUGAUUGAUCUAUGAUGUACAUCUAAAGCUAGGGAACCAUAUUUUACAGUUGUCUCCCUGCUUUGAAUUCCUCCAUUGAAAAAUUUCAGGUUGCGUUGGAUAUGUAGGAAAUGGCUGCACAUAUUUAUAUCAUAGUUGUCGUCGUCUUCGUCUUUUUUCUCCUUUCCUGGAAAGUUAAUACAAAAUCUGUAUCUUAUUUGUUUGUAUAGUUGGUACUGAAUAUCUAAAAUUCUUUGUUAUAUGAUAUGUAUUUGAUUACUAUCUGUCACUAACCAUUGAAUCUAUUGGCAUCGCAUUUAAUAAACAAUUCCUUUUCAUUUUCAUA